AUGGAAAAUUUCACAAACAUUCCAGAACACAAUACAACCAGCAAUGUAGGGUUCAAUCAAAGUAACACCGAUAACGAGAUUCUUUUGGACAUUAUAAAGAUACCAUUUCUUGCAGCACUCCUGUUGAUCAUGAUUUCCAUGGGUUGCACUAUUGAGCUGAAGAAGUUGUGGGCUCACCUAAAAAAACCCUGGACACUAGCUGUGGGCAUGGUUUGCCAGUUUGGGGUUAUGCCUCUCAGUGCAUUUAUCCUUGCAACUCUUUUUAAGUUGAAACCUUUUCCAGCAAUUGCUGUGAUUAUUAUGGGCUCAUGUCCUGGAGGAAUUACUUCAAAUGUAAUGAGCUACUGGACUGAUGGGGACAUGGAUCUCAGUAUCUCCAUGACUGUCUGUUCUACAAUCUUGGCCAUUGGUUUCAUGCCAUUGAAUCUUUAUAUUUACUCAAAUGCUUGGAGUUUAAAGAAAAAUCUAACUGCCAAUCGUCAGAACAUUGGUAUUUCAUUAAUUACUCUGAUCAUUCCAAUAUCAGUUGGAAUUUUUAUAGCAAGAAAGUGGCCAAAGCAAUCAAAACUCAUUCAGAAGAUUGGAACUGGUGUCGGUGCACUUAUACUGAUUGUCUCAGCAGUGGCAGCUACACUGCUGCACAAAAGCAAAUGGAGUGCAGAUUCAACAUUGUUAAUUAUUGGAGUAAUCAACCCACUGAUUGGGUACACAGUUGGUUUCAUUUUGGCUAUUGCGAUACGGCAAUCAUGGACCAGUUGUCGAACAAUAGCAUUAGAAACAGGAGCACAAAACGGGCACCUAUGUACAACAAUCCUAAUAAUAUCCUUCAAACCAGAUGAACGCACCUCUAUGUUUGCAUACCCUUUCAUUUAUAUUUGCUUUCAAAUCUUGCAUGGAUUAUUAUUUGUAACAGCUUACCAGAUUUAUAAAAAAUUGAAAAAACGUCCUGCUGAACCAAUGGAUUCAACUCAGUCGACAAGGAGAGGCGAGGAGACUAACAAUAGCCAAAGGAGGGAGGAAAACGCACCAAAUGAGUACACCAUUUCUGAAAUGACUGACUUAAUUUAACAAGCAGGCCUGAACUCUUCAGAGCUCGACAGAUCAUACAGAUGAAUAGAUUUCCUCCUGAUCUGUCCGCUAUGUUUCCUGCACUAUAUAAUUUCUGAUAUAUUCUGAUUUCCACCUUACUUUUUCACAAUGUUGCUGCCAUGAUACACCAGGACACUUUUCUAAAAUCUGUUCUGCAAUCUAAUUUUAAAAAAUGGGUCUUCAGACAUUCAUUUAUUUUGACUCAAGUGCACCAACAUUAGGAAAGCCCAACAAGCAUUUCAGCAAAGCAGUAUUGAGGAUGAAUUAAGAUGGUUUUUAUUACAAUAGUCGAGAAAGGAAUUUGACCUAAGCCCAUUGAGAGUUUGUAUACUAACAUUGCUUAGAGCCCAUGUUCCUCAGGGAUGUUGUAGUUUGUGAGACACAUGUGUAAUAUCUGGCCUCAUUUAAAGUUUGUCCAACUUUCCUCAUUCUUGAAGAAGGGCUUAUGCCCGAAACGUCGAUUCUCCUGUUCCCUGGAUGCUGCCUGACCUGCUGCGCUUUACCAGCAACACAUUUUCAGCUCUGAUCUCCAGCAGCUGCAGACCACACUUUCUUCCCACCAUUGAAGUCACCCUAUCAGAGGCCAGCAUGGGCAGUGGGAAGCUCUCAUUGCGCCCUUCCCUUCCCAGUGCUGGCUCCCUCAGUCAGGCACUGAGUUCCUUUGAAUGAGGGCCAAUCCCUGUCACAGAGUUAUAGACUCAUAGAGAUGUACAGCACGGAAACAGACCUUUCAGUCCACCGGUCCAUG